UAUUUCGAUCAAACUAAUGAUAUUAACAAAUGUUUUAUUAAUUCAGUGAACUUUACCUUUCCACCCCUUUUGGAAUAUUUCAUUUCACUUGGUGCAAAUAUCAAUGAAAAAGAUAAAAAUGGAAACACAGCACUUCAUAAUGUAGUAGCAUGGAAUUAUGAUGAAAUGGCAGAAGUUCUUAUUUCACAUGGUGCAAAUAUCAAUGAAAAAAUAAAUAUGGAGAAACCGCACUUCAUAUUGCAGCUAAAAAUUAUAGUAAAGAAACUGUUAAAUUUCUUAUUUCACAUGGUGCGAAUAUCAAUGAAAAAAUAA